AUGCUAUUGGAUCCUUCCAAAGAAGCCUCGCCUACAACCAUCUGCAACACUUCCACCAAAGAUUCUCAUGUCUCUCUUCAUCCCAAUGCUAAAGUGCACCUGCCCUCGGUGACUUGUUUAGGCAGUGAAAGUCGAGAAGGCAGCGGCGACAAAGAAGAAGAGGAAGAAGACGAAACACAAUCGGAGCAGGUCAAUAAAAGCCGGAGCCGAAAAAAGGUGAUGAUGGCUGUCAUGAUGGCUGAAAAGGAAACCAUACCAGUCUGUCCUCUGUCUGACAGCGGCUACACCAACUCGAAGUUGGUCAACACCUCGAGUGGACCAGCUGGAUGCGCAGAGGAUGAGACUUCUGUGGCCACGCCAACAACCUCACUGACUAGCAGAUAUCCACCGGCAUCGACGCACUCUCUGCCGAUAUCGUGUUCCGGCCCCUCGCUAGCUCUGGCGUCAGCUGACAAUCAACCAGAUCCGGCGUCAAAUCAUGUGAAACAAUCCGACGACUGGACGCAGGGAACAUCUGUUCACUCGGCUCUUGGAUCAGCUGAUACCGUUUUCGAUUUGCGAAAAGGGCAAAUGAGACUCUCCUGUUUGAUCGCAUCCAAUAUCAACUCCGAUAUUGCCGCCUCCUAUCACCAAUACCAGAGCCAUGAGCUGGACGACUUGAUGUCGGGCUCGAGUGAUCGUCUAAUGGAUUUCGAGAAGCUGAUCCAUCAGCAGGCAGAGAUGACGGCCCACACUGAGGAUCUGUCGAGACAACUGGGGCAGAGUGAGCGUGAAAGACUCGAGGCGAAGCGCUUGUGCACAUCCCAUCAGGACAAGUGA